GCGGGGGACACGGGUCCGGGCAUAGGAGAGCGGGAGCUACUGUGCAUUUCCUUCAAGAGCUUUGGGUGCAUGCAACAUCCCCUGCCGCCCUUUAAUGGCCAGGCACGACACCCCUGCCAUGUGGCUGCUGUUAACGUGCUGGCUGAAAGCUCGCAAUUUCCUGGAUGAAACUCGGCAGUGCCUUGCUUUGUUGUAGCAGGGGUGAGAAUCCCUUCUGCUGGUGGGCAGCUCGAUUACCGGCGGUUUCAGCUGCAAUAUAAGGGAUGUGGCCGUUAGCUUUUGUUGUGGAAUAAACGUUUACUCUGCAAGCAUCCAGUAAAUAAUUGUUGGAAGUGUGCGUUGUAUCUGUUGGGGGAACUUGCCAUCAGGUUGCGCUUUUAGAAUAAGUUAAUCAUUACGGUGAUAGACUUGGGCUUGUAUUUUACCACCAUGUAGGUAUGAUAUACUGAUGCUCUGCAAUUUCAGCUUCCAUUGCAGAAAUGACGGAAUCCUCUGCCUUUCUAAGUGCAGUUGUGUCAUAAAUCAUUACUAAUUUGAAUUAUUUUUGCGACUUCUGUUAAAAAUUUCACGCUAAAUGUGCAAUCAUAAGUAGAUUUGAGGGACUUGUACAUGCAGCUACAGAUGGAAAAAGCAGAGCAAAGGUAGAUAGGAAGUAAACUUUAUUAUUGUGCGCGAUGAACUUUGCCAGGACUAACAAGAUAGGAGGACCCAGUGAAUGGAAGGGCCAUAACGUGCAUUGAAGAACAGGGUACAGGAUAGUUGUAUGUUAUGGUAUGUAAUGCAUAUUUCUCGUUACUGUACUAUAGAGAAAAUACAGAAAAAGAUGCUGAGAAGCUUUAUCAGGAUAUUCAAAGUAAAUUUAUGAUCAAAAUACAUACAUGUCAUCAGAGACAACUAGGAGAUUCAUUUUAUUGUGGGCCUCUGAUGGAGACAGAGGUUAGUUUUCGUUGGACAGAGGAGGUUAAGUUAUGCAAAUGAGGUGUGUAUUUAUCUACAGAAAAGUUCUCUACUCAGAUAACCCAGCACAGGGGCAGGCAGGGGUAUCAAUUUUCAAAGGGAUCCAAGGACGGAGUUUUCUACCUAGAAGGUAGUUGGAGUAAAAAGAUUUUUAAAGAUUAGUUUUACUUGCAUUGAAACACACAGUGAAAUACAUCGUUUGCAUCAACAGCCAUCGCAGGAUGUGGCCAGAGCAGCUGAGCCGUGCCCCUAUUUCUGCAAAGCUUGUGGCCAACAUGCUGUCAGUUGCCGGAGCAGAUCAUAUUAUCACCAUGGAUUUGCAUGCCUCUCAAAUCCAGGGUUUCUUUGAUAUUCCUGUGGAUAAUUUGUAUGCAGAACCAGCAGUACUCAGAUGGAUAAAGGAAAAUAUUCCAGAAUGGAGGAAUUCUAUAAUUGUCUCUCCAGAUGCUGGUGGAGCUAAAAGGGUGACAUCAAUCGCAGAUAGACUGAAUGUUGAAUUUGCUCUAAUCCACAAGGAAAGGAAGAGAGCAAAUGAGGUGGACAGGAUGGUGCUUGUUGGUGAUGUUGAAGGCAGAGUGGCCAUUCUUAUCGAUGACAUGGCAGACACAUGUGGAACCAUAUGUCACGCUGCUAAUAAAUUGUUGAGUGUUGGUGCAACCAAAGUUUAUGCUAUUCUUACCCAUGGCAUCUUCUCUGGCCCUGCAAUUAGUCGAAUAAACAAUGCUGCUUUUGAAGCUGUUGUUGUAACAAACACCAUUCCGCAAGAAGGAAAAAUGAACGAUUGCUCAAAGGUUCAGGUGAUUGAUAUAUCUAUGAUCCUUGCUGAGGCAAUUCGUAGAACUCACAAUGGUGAAUCUGUGUCAUAUCUAUUCAAUCAUGUUCCCUUGUAAGCUGAGUUUCCAGCACUUUCUGCUGGACGAACAUUGUUCUACAUUUCUGAAGAGAUUAUCACUACUUACAGGAAUAUACAGUUAACUAGUCACCAAUUCACUGUCACGACGCAUACAUACUUGCAUGCUGAAAGCAUGAAAGUGUAACCAUUUCUACAUUUUAUGGAUAGUUUUGCACUUGCUGUCAGCAAUUCUGUAAGAAAAAAUGUGCUGUGUACAGACAAGGUCCUGUUUUUUGUACUUUAUUAGAAAUGUAAGCCCUUCAGGUGUAUUUCUAUGGAAUAUAAUUCUUGUUAAUGGUUAUGUGGCUUUUCUACACCACAAACUAUUUGAAUACUUGUGGUUAUAUGCUGAUUCCUUUUAUGUGAAACAAAUGUUUGGGGGAGGAAAAUGCAAUGUUUAGGAUGCGAUGCAGUAAUUCUCAAACAGACAUUCCAUUAAAGUCGACACCUGGACCCAGCUGGAAGCCUGAGAAGUGUUUAUGAGACAUUCCAUUAGAUUAUUAAAAAAUGUUUUGUUGAUUUUGUCACCUAUUUGCAUGCUGCAGCAACAGGAGCAAACUAAUCAGUGGAUUUGCAAAUUGAUUUAAUGAAUUCAAAUCCCUAUACAAUUCUUUAAUAAUUGCAAUGCACUGGGUGGUUGUAAGUAAAAACUCUGAAGAAAAGGGUAAUGUGCAGUAAUUCAUAAUUUCUGUUCAGAAGCCAAUUGUGUGUGAGAAGUAGUUUGGAAACUGUAAUUCUAAGUUCUUAAACACGAAGCAACUUUUUAUUCAAGUGAAAACCAUGACCGGUCUCUUGUUUCUAAAUUCUGUAAAGUUCAACUGUAACAAAUUAAGUUGUUUACUGAAGUACUGGGUGAAGCAUGUGCUCUUAAGCAUUGCAAAUAACCUUAAGCAGAUUUUAUUGAUUACAUGAACAGACUGUUCUGAAAUUAAGAAAUUGAAUAAAUGAUUUGGAGAACUUUUUAAAAAUUGUUAUCUCUAUCUCUUUGCACAGCAUUGUUGAACAAGACUGCAAUAAUGUACCGUACCCUGUAAAGGAUUCAGCCCCCAACCCUUUGUUCAUAUAAAUAUUACAACCAGGGAUUUUGAUCAAUGACAUGCUCCUUUUUUUUCAUGGUAAAGCCUAAAAAGCACGAGAAGCAACAAGAAUAUGCCUGUUACUGGUGUAGGCUAGUACCAAAACCUGUUGGACUGACUGUGGUUUAAUUUUGCUGUUGUCUCCAAUUUAACUGCAAAACAGAAAUAAAUUUUUACC